AUGAUUCAAACAGCACCUUUUGUUAUUGAGGGUGGUUUGUUGACACGGGCAUUGCGCAGGAUCCUGUCGGUGAGCGUGAACAAGGAGGAGAUCUUCGUGCUGGAGGGCCCGCGCUCGCUGCUGCGGCUGGCGCACGCGCCCGAGCCCGCCGCGCUGGCCUCAGAGGACACGACCAAUUUGAUGACGAAAUCUCUGACGUCAUCGCUUCAGCAAGCGGUGAACACGGUGCGCGAAUUCACGCCGCCCUACCUCAACAUGUUGGAGCAGCCGCUGGCGCUGUUCGCGCGCAAUGACGUCAUCGACACCGCCACUGUCGCCGCUGAGGAGUCCUUCGAUCUGCCACCGAUCAAACACCUCCCGCGGGACAUCUCAGACAACGUACUAGAGUCGAUUAUCAACGAGUUCAAAGAAACCAGCGACGCUGAAGAGAUCCGGCGGGUGAAAUCCGAGGAGAUCGAGAGAAAAUUCAAGCUGUACAGUAGCAUAAUGGAGAAGAAGUACGACGAGGAGGUGAUACACUCUAGUCGACGCUCGCGGCGCGGGGGCUCCGGCGGGUCCACGCCGCGGCACCACACACCCGUGCGUAAGGCCCCCCCCGCCGGUGACGUCAGCUACACCACCCCGUGCGUCAUGAACGUUAGUGUUUGUGGCAAUGUGACCGAAGAUAACGACGAUCUUCUUGAACAGCAAAUAGAAGAGAAAGAAAAGAUCUUAGCGAAGAUGCUCAACCUAGAGUCUUUAAGUCUAACGCGACCCACGCAGGAGAAACUUGACAGAAACCACGAAGACAUUGUCACAGAGUACAACAAGAAAAACAUCAUAGACCAAUCAGUAAUCGACUCUAUGGAACCGGUCACGGAAAAACCGCCGACGAGGUUCAUAAGCGAAAAUAAAAUUACGAAACAAGAAUCUGAUUCCGGUGAUUUAAUACCUAAAAUCGUUAAACUGCCAAACACGUGGAACUUGGAAAACAUAGAGCUUAAAUUGGAGAGUAAAUCUAUGAAAAAUGGACACGAUCUUGUCUCCCCUGACGAAACCAUAGACGGUGAAUGGGAGUUCAUCUGAUAGCGAGCGAUGCGUGACGCAUAAUAUGCUGCACGUUUUAAAAAUUAAUAUAAUAUCAUAAUAACUAGUGCUUUGAUAUUUCUACAGAUUUUUCAACGGAAAUUUAGACUGGACAGGAGAUCUCCUGCAUCACCGAAAGAACGUAAGUUACAAUUUUGAUAAAAAUAGUUAUUUGCAUAUAGGAAAUGAUAAAUUGUUUUCGGAUCCAAAUCACGUGUAUUGGAUACGAAAACAAUUGUUUCAAUUCCUAUGUGUAACUAUCGCAAAAAUUGAAGAACUCGGCUAAUUAUUU